GGCGGCACUGACCCGAUCCGACCCGACCCGCCCCGCCAUGGCCCCGCUCCGCCGCCUCCUGCUCGCACUCUGCCUCCCGGCGAUGCUGCUGCCGCCCGCGGUCCCCUUCCCGGCCCCGAGCACCGACUGGGCCGCCUGCAGGGACCUCUCUCAGCGGCUGUCGCGGCUGCUGGGGACAAUGAAGGAGUCGCACCGCGUUCUGAGCGGGGUCCGUCUGGGUGGAGAGGAGGACAUGGAGGGGGAGUGUGCCCCCCACAUCCGCUGCAGUGACGCCUGCGACCCCUCCACGCUGGACACGAACAGCACGCUCUGCCUGCAGCGGAUCCUGCAGGGGCUGCAGCACUACCAGGCCAGGCUGGGCUCCGACAUCUUCGCCACACACCCACAGCCGGAGCUGAAGGCGGUGCUGGAGGAGCUGCUGAGCCUCGUGCAGGUCCCCAUGCGUUCCUGCCGGCCCCCCCCGCCCCCCCAAGCAGACUCCUGGGCUCAGCCACUGCUGCAGCACGGCACACUCGAACGGCUCCGCUCCUUCACCGCCGUCAUGAGCCGCGUCUUCACCCACGGCGCCAGCACCCGCUGACCGCCCCGACCUCCCCCCCCUCCCCCCGUUAUUUAUUUCUUAUUUAUGGGCCGCGCUCCCUAUUUAUACGGGGUAUUUAUGGGUUUCUAAUAAAGGGCUGGGCAACGA